UCAAGAACUCUCUACACUUUGUGAUGCUGAGGUUGCCCUUAUUGUUUUUUCUGCCACUGGAAAACUCUUCCAUUAUUCUAGCUCAAGGAAAAUAAUAGCUGUGGCAUGCUCAGCAAGAUGCAUGAGGAUAAGACUCGUGAAUUAAGGCAACUCAGUGGAGAAGAUCUCCAAGGACUUGACAUGGAUCAGUUGAUGAAACUGGAGAAAAUUGUACAAAGAGGAUUAAACAGUGUUGUGGAAACAAGGAAUGAAAAGUUUUUGAAAGAGAUCAGUUUGCUCAAGAAAAAGGAAUCUAAAUUAUUGGAAGAAAAUGCCAUGCUGAAACAGCAAGCAGAUUUUAUGCAGAAAUCUGAAGGCACCGUUAAUGGUAUUCAUCAAAGCAAUCCGUCCGAGUGUAUCAGAAAUUCUCAUGGCUAUGAUACUUCCCUCAGGCUGGGCUUACGUUUCUCCAACUGAAGAUGAUGCAAGGAGACCACAGCCCUGAAGAUCAAUUUUCUAUUUCUCUUAAUGGGGUAUAAUCAAUAAAUAAUGUGUAAGUAAGCUGAGUGUUAGGGCCCAUGUUGUGGAUCUACGUUCAGUUAGUUUGAACAUUAAAAUCCUUUGUGUUUGAAUUUUCUCGUGCUAUAUGCUUAUGCUAAAAACGUGAUUCUGGAAUCACACAUAUUCAAGGAAACUGUGAGGUACAUAAAAGUGAAAUUUUGAAUGCUUAACAUGAAAAUGAAAGAGGAAAUUGUAUAUUUUUGGUUCUAA